CGUUGUCAUUUUUCACGUUUCUUGUUCGAAAUGUGCUCAGUGGACGAAGACGAGCAGAUUCGCGCGCAACAGCGCCUCGACCAGGCACACGAGGCUGCACUCGCCAUGGCCGAUGCCGCCGAGCCGCCGCCGUCGACGCAUGGCUCUGAUGGCCAGCCGCGUCCUAACGGCGCCAGUGUGAGCCUUGCAGGGGCAGCAGCAGCAGGACGAGGAGGAGCGUCGCCCGCGCGCGCGUGUGUUCGCUGCGGCCAGCCGAGCGGCGUCAAGACAGCCAGCCAGACGUUCUACUGCCGCUCAUGCUUUGACAUUGUCAUGUCCAAGAACACGCGCCUGGGUGUCGGGCAGCUCCAAGCGCCGAAGGGUGCCGGGAACAAGGUCCUCAUUGCGUGCUCAGGCGGCCCGUCGUCGUCAUUGCUUGCCCAUACAUUCAUUGGGUUGCUGCAUAUCGAUCAAGCAACAUUGUCCGACGAUCCGAAGGCAGCUGCUGCGUCUAUUGAGCGCGCAAGGAGCUCCAAGAUCUUUACCACCGCUGGGUUGGUCCAUAUCGACGAAUCUGUGCUUGCGCAUGCCUUCUCGCUGGAUGCUGGGAGUGGUAAGCUAUCCGGCGAUGCGGAACGGAUUGCCAUCGCGCAUGCCGAGCGCGAGGCCCUCUCUGCCGCCGAGAGCACCGAGGCGACGAUUCGGGCGAACUUGCUUACACUGGCCAAGCGCUCUGAUAGCCCCGAGUGGCCCUUGAUUACUGCGCGCAUCGAGGAUGUUUUUGGCUCGGGUCUCGUCAGCGGCGGUGGCUCCGUCCUGCUGCGCGUCCCGCCGGUCAACGAGGUUGUGUUGGCGCGCGAGACCACAGAGCCUUCUCCUGCAGAGCUCAUUCCCUCUGCAGCUUCGAGCAGUAACCGAGAUAAAUUCCUAACCAUGCUUGCUGGUGUUGGAUCGUUGAGCGCACGCGAGGAUCUCGUGCGUGUUCUCCGUCUCCGAUUAAUUGUGCACAUUGCCAAGUCGCGCGGAUAUCGCUAUGUUGCCUUUGGAGAUUCUGCGGAUCGGAUUGCCCAAAACAUGAUUUCGUUUGUGGCCCAGGGCCGCGGCGCAUCUCUGGCAUACGACACGUCGCUUUUGGACGCACGAGAUCCCGAUGCAAUUCUUGGCCGCCCAUUCCGCGCAUUGGCGCUGAAGGAUCUAGCUCUGUACGCGCGUUGGUCGGACGUUCCAUCCGAGGAAGCACCAACUCUCGCCAGUGGCAUAAAUCUCUUUCGUCUUUGGAAGAGCCGGUAUCUAUUGCGCGUGCAACAAAACGACACAACUCUGCCUGCAAUUCCCGAUUCGGUAACGCCCGUGCCGGCGUGGAAGCUGGCCUUCCAGCAAACGGCUGCUGCCUCGCAAAGUAACCAAAGCAGCCAGCAGAUUGCAGCCUCCAUUUCCACUCUGACCGAAGCGUUUGUGAAUGCCCUGCAGCGCGACUUUACUGGCACUGUCUCUACCGUUCAGCGCACGAGCACGAAACUGGUCGCCGUUCCUCCAAAGGACGAAGAGCGCUCCUGUGUGAUUUGCCAUGGCCCCAUUGUUCGUCCAGUGGUUUUCAGCAGCAAGCCAGCUCCAACGCUCCUCACCGCGACCGCUUCCUCGGAAAAGCCCAAAGAAGGCGGAUGCGGCAGCGGCUCCGGCUCCAACAACAGCUGCGCAUGCAGCACUGAGCCAGCAGCUUCGCCCAUUGUCCCUCCGUCAUCUUCGACUUCGAGUUGCUGCUCGAGCAGCAAGAGCAACGCAAACACCGUCCCCACGCAAGCCGUGCUCGACGCCACUUGCUACGGCUGCAGUGUGAUUCUUCGUGACGUGACCUCUGCAGGCACAUUGCUACCGCCCAUGGUUGCACAAGAGUUUGCGAGGGCGACUUCACGCGAGCACAUGCGAGCAGAAAUUUCCGAGUACCUUCUCAGCGACGACGACGACGAUGGUGAUGAUUGAUUCUGCAUGGAGCUUCUCGAUGAUUGAUUCUGUGUGUGUUGUGCUUUUGUUAUUUUCUGAGAAUUUCAUACUUCCAGUCCA